AUGAUGUCAGUGGAGUCGACUCCCGAGCCGCCGCUUGCAUCUCCGCCACGAUUCUACCCAGUCCUCACUCUGCCCAACGAAAUAACCGGCCACAUCUUCCACCAAUACAUCCCGGAAUAUCCUGCGGCUCCUCCUCCCACUGGCAUAGGCUCUCCGACGCUGCUGAGUCACGUCUGCCGAGACUGGCGGGCCCUCGCACUGUCGAUGUGUACUUUGUGGCGCGCGAUACCACUACCGAUAGACUGGAAGUCGGAUUGGAUACCCGCGUGGUUGGAGCGUUCCGGUGAAUGUCGAAUCUCCGUUCAAGCUCCUCCUGGGCUCGUGUGGGAAUUCGUCUGGGUGGACGUCAUGCGCCAGCAAAAGCGUUUGGAAGUCUUAAACUGUUCGGUCAGCGAGUUUCAGCUCGAUGACGAGACCUCUUGGCCGGUGCUCCGGCACCUCGAGCUGCACAUUUUUGCGGAUAGUCCCGAAGACAUGGCCUCAUCUCCUCGUAUCAAUGCGCCACUCCUGAGCUCAGCUAUCCUCUGGAGCUUCCGAUACUCAUCACAGCUCCUUCCAUGGCACCAAUUGAUGUUCAUCGCCUUGAUCGGCCAGGACCCACAUCGAUGCACACAGGUCAUUCAGCAAACCCCCAAUCUCGUUUAUUGUGAACUGUCAUUGAACUCAGUGUCCGAUGUUCAAGUUGCGCAACCCGAUAUCAGCCUGCCGCACCUACAGCAGCUCAUCUUGACCGUCUAUGGCGCGGUGUCAUUUGUUGGCGCGCCGUCCAAUAAUUAUCUCCACUCUUUCGUUGUCCCAGCUCUGCGACGCUUGAAAGUGGAUGAAGCCCUCCUCCGCAUUGGCCCGGGCUCCAGCCGAGCCGGUCAAAUCAACGCCUUCGUCGACAAAUCGGGAUGCAAGCUCGAUGAGCUUUGCAUCAUCGACCGCCGGCAAGACGGCCCAUCAUUGGAAGACCGGCCCUUGGUCCGAAUCUAUCCGGCACGUUUCGCUGGAUCCGGGUCUCGCAACUCAUGA